AAAAUGCAGAGAUAGAGGUGUUGUUCCACAAGGACUUCGAGUACGGUUAUUAAAAGAUGAGUUUAAAGUAGGUAAUGUUACACGAAUGAAAAAAAGAUUGAAAACUACACGAGUACAAACCCGGAUUAAAGAUAUUCGUCGAAAACUAUAUUAUGUAAAUCAGCAAAAGAGAGAUAUUUUAAUGGACUUGAAAGAAACUUUCACGCAAGAUGAUUUUCAUUGGGUAGAACAAGUUAUCAGAGUUUCUGAAAACAGAGAAAACGAGAGUGUGAAGAAAAGACAGGUGAGAAAGUUUGACGCAUUGAUAAAAGAAAAAGAAGAUCUCGAGAAUAAAAAUAGACAAUUGUUAGAAGACCAAGAAAGAAUGAAUGAAGAAAGAAAAGAUAAAGAAUGA